UAAGAAGUACAUCCUCCUGUGUCUCUCCUUAAGAAGUACAUCCUCCUGUGUCUCUCCUUAAGAAGUACAUCCUCCUGUGUCUCUCAUUGUGCUGCUUUUUGAUACUUAGGUAGUAAUGAAGCCACCAUUAUGUCCUCAGUCAGCGAAGUGAAUGUGGACAUCAGAGAUUUCCUAAUGAGCAUCAAUUUGGAGCAGUACCUCUUACAUUUCCGCGAGUUUGGUUUUUAUACUGUGAAGGACUGCACAUCGAUAAAUGAUAGUGUGCUACACCAAAUUGGAAUAUCACCUACAGGACACCGUAGGAGGAUACUUAAACAGUUACAAAUGAUCUUCUCAAAAAUGCAAGACAUCCCAAUAUAUGCAAAUGUUCAUAAAACAAAGAAUGGCAACACCUCAAAAGAGCACCAAGGUGCUGCAUCUUCCAGCAACAACACCUGUGGAGAAUUUUCUGAUUCUGCUAGUGUUCAUAGACCCGGGCUGACACCGUUGGGGAUGGUUACAAGUACUGUUAGUGAAGGGAGUCUCCAGUCUCCGAAGUCGCAUGAUAAGCUGUCUCUUUCUUCCUGUGACCCGCCCUUUCCAGAAGAAGAGCUACACCAGCAUGCGGAUUCUUUGCAAGAUUCUUUACUUGGUAGUGUAAAUGUUCAAAUAGAUUCUUUGAUUACCAAGAAGGCCGAGGAUUACACAGCUGGGGACGAACAAACAGAAAAAGGCAACUUGAUAUCAGAAAAUUCCAGCAAGGCUCUUAGCACAAACCCUGAAUGCCUCCCCUCUGUGGACUACCCAACGUCGGAAACAGAUUCCGGAAAUGGAACCAAUGGCUAUUUAGAAAGCUCCCCACCAUCCCCUUUCUUUCAGUUUCAAGGAGAGAUGGUUGUGAAUGACCUAUAUGUUCCGUCAUCACCGGUCCACACGCCCAUGAGAAGCCGGAGCAAGUUGGUUUCCAGACCUUCUCGAUCCUUUCUGCUGAGACACCGGCCUGUACCAGAGAUCCCAGGGUCAACAAAAACAAUUUCAGGGAGCUAUUUCCGAGACAGAAGAAGUGCUACUACCUCAGCUGGAAAAUCUUCCACACUGAAAAAUUCACAUGAGGAUAAUUCAACUUCCAUCUUUCCUUAUGGAGAGACAUUUCUCUUCCAGAGGCUAGAAAGUUCCAAGAAGAGAUCUAUAAAGAAUGAGUUUUGGGCCCACAAGGACACAGAUAAAGAGGAAGCAGCCACUGCAAGGGACUCCAUCGUAAUCAAGUCAAGUAUAUAUGACAACAGGAAGGAGAAAGUGAGUGAAGACAAAGUAGAAGACAUUUGGAUACCGCGAGAGGAUAAAAAUGAGCUCCCCAAGGACUCUGCCUCUGAGUCAGAGUACUCGACAGUAGAGGAAUGCUUCCAGAGUCUGAGAAGAAAAAACUCAAAAGCAUCUAAGUCUAGGACUCAAAAAGCCUUCUACUUGGACCCUUUUAAUAGACACAGUUACCCUUUAAGCUCCACAAGUGGAAAUACCGACACGUCAACGGUCUCAAAUGCCAUCUCUCCCUAUGCCUGCUUCUACGGAUCUUCUGCAGCGAAGACUAAGUCUGGGUGGCUGGACAAGCUCUCUCCUCAAGGAAAACGCAUGUUUCAGAAGAGAUGGGUGAAAUUUGAUGGCCUUAGCAUUUCUUACUACAACAAUGAAAGAGAGAUGUACUCAAAAGGAAUAAUCCCCCUCACUGCGGUUUCCACAGUACGCGCUCAAGGAGACAGCAAGUUCGAAAUUGUCACAACACAAAGAACUUUUGUUUUCAGAGUAGAAAAAGAAGAAGACAGAAAUGAUUGGAUCAGCAUAUUGCUAAGUGCAUUGAAGUCACCAUCCCUUACGUCACAGUUGCAAGUGGCUGUGGCACCUGAGAAAUGUGGAUAUCUUGAGUUGAGAGGAUAUAAAGCCAAAAUUUUUACUGUGUUAAGGGGAAAUAGUGUGUGGCUUUGCAAAAAUGAACAGGAUUUUAAGAGUGGACUUGGUAUUACCAUAAUUCCUAUGAAUGUUGCAAAUGUAAAGCAAGUAGAUCGAGCUGUGAAACAGUCUUUUGAGAUAAUUACUCCCUACAGGAGUUUCAGCUUCACAGCAGAGUCUGAGAAAGAGAAACAGGAGUGGAUUGAAGCUGUGCAGCAGUCGAUAGCAGAAACUCUCUCUGAUUAUGAAGUAGCUGAGAAGAUUUGGUUCAACGAGUCCAACAGGAGCUGUGCAGAUUGUAAAGCCCCAGAUCCUGACUGGGCAUCCAUCAAUCUCUGUGUUGUCAUCUGUAAAAAGUGUGCAGGACAACAUCGAUCUUUGGGACCUAAGGACUCUAAAGUUAGAAGUCUGAAAAUGGAUGCCAGUAUUUGGACCAAUGAGCUCAUUGAGCUAUUUAUUGUCAUUGGAAACAAGAGAGCAAAUGACUUUUGGGCUGGUAACCUUCAAAAGGAUGAAGAGUUACAGAUGGAUUCACCAGUUGAAAAGAGAAAAAGCUUUAUUACCCAGAAAUACAAAGAAGGAAAAUUCAGAAAGACUCUUCUAGCAUCUCUGACCAAAGAUGAGUUAAAUAAGGCUCUGUGUGCUGCAGUGCUGAAGCCAGAUGUGCUGGAAACAAUGACCCUGCUGUUCAGUGGAGCAGAUGUCAUGUGUGCGACAGGAGACCCUGUGCACAGCACCCCGUACCUGCUGGCCAAGAAGGCUGGGCAGACUCUGCAGAUGGAAUUUCUCUACCAUAACAAGUUCUCAGAUUUCCCACAGCAUGAUGUUCCUUCUGAGGGUGGAUCGAACCAGGAGGCUGCCCAGCCUACCUUCCUGUGCGACUUCUUGUACCAGGCUCCUGCCUCUGCUAAUAGAGUCUCUUCUGAGAAAAAGCUCCUUGAAGAGACAAAUAAAAAGUGGUGUGUUUUAGAAGGCGGCUUCUUGAGUUACUAUGAAAAUGACAAGUGCACCACACCCAAUGGCACCAUCAACAUCAGCGAGGUUAUUUGCCUGGCCGUCCAUAAAGAGGACUUCUAUUUGACUACUGGGCCAAUCUUUGUAUUUGAGAUCUACUUACCUUUGGAACGUGUCUUUCUCUUUGGAGCUGAAACAUCUCAGAUUCAAAGAAAAUGGACUGAAACUAUAGCCAAGCAUUUUGUUCCCUUUGUUGCUGAAAACUUAACAGAAGCUGACUAUGAUUUGAUUGGUCAACUGUUCUACAAAGACUGCCAUGCCCUGGACCAGUGGAGAAAAGGCUGGUUUGCUAUGGACAAGUCUAGUUUGUGUUUUUGCCUUCAAACACAAGAAUCUCAGGAAGAGAAGAUGCACCUACGAAGACUGCAGGAGCUAACAAUCAGCACAAUGGUUCAAAAUGGGGAAAAAUUAGAUGUGUUACUCUUAGUGGAAAAAGGGAGAACACUGUACAUCCAUGGGCAUACCAAGUUGGAUUUCACAGUGUGGCAUACUGCAAUAGAAAAAGCAGCGGGCACAGAUGGUAACGCACUGCAGGAUCAACAGCUCUGCAGAAACGACGUCCCCAUUAUUGUGAACAGCUGCAUAGCAUUUGUCACACAGUACGGGUUAGGAUGCAAGUACAUUUAUCAAAAGAAUGGUGAUCCUUUGCACAUACAUGAACUCCUGGAGAGUUUCAAAAAGGAUGCAAGAAGUGUUAAGCUGCGAGUUGGAAAACAUCAACUUGAAGAUGUGACCUGCGUGCUGAAGUGCUUUCUGUCUGACAUCGAUGACGCGCUCCUCUCAAAGGAGCUCUACCCAUACUGGGUCUCUGCGUUAGAUACACAGGAUGAAAAGGAACGAACUGAAAAAUACAGAGCAUUUAUACGCACUCUCCCAGGGGUCAGCAGAGUAACACUGGCAGCUAUAAUUGAACACCUUUACAGGGUUCAGAAAUGCUCAGAAAUCAAUCACAUGAAUGCCCAUAACUUGGCAUUGGUCUUUUCAUCCUGCUUAUUUCAAACUAAGGGACAAACUAGUGAAGAAGUCAAUGUAAUUGAAGACUUAAUUAAUAAUUAUGUCGAAAUAUUUGAGGUUAAAGAAGACCAAGUCAAACAAAUGGACAUAGAAAAUAGCUUUAUAACCAAGUGGAAAGACACUCAAGUGUCCCAGGCUGGGGACUUACUAAUUGAAGUGUAUGUGGAAAGGAAGGAACCUGACUGUAGUAUUAUAAUUCGGAUAUCUCCUGUGAUGGAAGCUGAAGAGUUAACUAAUGAUAUAUUAGCAAUAAAAAAUAUUGUUCCUAUGAAAGGUGAUAUUUGGGCCACAUUUGAAGUCAUAGAAAAUGAAGAACUAGAGCGUCCCCUUCACUACACAGAGAAUGUGUUGGAGCAGGUCCUUCAGUGGAGUUCAUUAGCUGAACCUGGUUCUGCUUAUCUCGUGGUGAAGAGAUUCUUAACCAUCGACACAAUUAAACACUGCAGAGAGAAAAGUAUCAAAGAAGGCACCUUGAAGCUCAAAGAAGAGCCAUCGAAAAUACUGUCUGGAAAUAAGUUUCAAGACCGAUAUAUUGUUUUACGAGAUGGACAUCUCUUUAUUUACAAAGAUCCAAAGAGCAGCAGACAGGACAAAAUGUUUCCUCUCAGUCUGAUGAAGUUUUAUCUCGGUGUGAAAAAGAAAAUGAAGCCCCCAACCAGUUGGGGAUUGACGGCGUAUUCUGAAAAACAUCACUGGCACCUGUGUUGUGACAGUUUACAAGCCCAGAUGGAAUGGAUGGCCAGUAUCUUUAUUGCCCAGCAUGAGAAUGAUAUAUGGCCACCAGCCGGAAAGGAAAGAAAGCGUUCAAUAACCAAAAAUCCCAAGAUUGGAGGUUUACCUCUGAUUCCCAUCCAACAUGAGAAAAAUGCAACUCAGGCCCGGAAGAAUAUUGAGGCUGCAAGAGCAGAACUUGAAAAACUGCGACUGGGUGAAAAGCAUGACCAAGGCUUCUCAGACUCCAGCUUAAAAGACAGAGCCUCCAUCAUAGCCCACUGCUUGGAGCACAAAGAUGAUAAACUUCGAAAUCGUACCAGAAAACACCGCAGUUUGAACUGUUGGGAGGACACAGAGGCAGAGGUCCCACAUGGCCUACCAAAGGGGUACAAAGGUCCAAAGACCCUGAAGAAGAUGGAUGACCGGAACAGCAAGGCUGCUUUAGACCCUGACCAUAAGCUGCCCUCGAAAGUCAUUGAGGAACUUAGUGUGGUUCUUCAGAGGUCAAGAACCCUUCCUAAAGAAUUACAGGAUGAACAGACGUUACAGAAAGAAAUCAAAUAAAGCAUUGCACAGUUGUUUUUUAACAUUGUACAUAUGUGCAAACAGAAAUCAAACUGUUAUUGUUGAGUUUAUAAAUCUAGAUAAAUUUGUCUGUAUUUAAGCAAUUGGUUUCUCUAUACCUAAGCAUUUAAAGAACAUUUUAAAAUAUGUGUAUAUGUGGUUAAGUACAAGAUCAACCUUAUUUUGGUCUGGAAACCUGUAAAGUUCAGUUGUAUUAACUUUAAUAAGUCUUUGAGUUACUGUAAGUGGCCAGCUCUUUGAAGGUAGAUGUGUAAGUGGGGUAAUUUAUGAGCAGAAAUCUGUACUGUACUGUAUAAAAUGCCGUGUGUACAUGAAAUGUAUGAAAUUGUAUCAUAUUUUGCACUUUGAGAAGGCUUGUAUAUUUAGUUGCCGUGUAUUUUUAGGUUUACAUAGGAUCCUUCUUAGGAAAAAGAAAGGAAAGUGAGUUCAAAGAGGGAACGAUAUGGCAGUGGCUGCUUAACAAACAUGAGGAAGAAAGGCAAGAAGUUAAAAAAAUAUUCUACUACCCGUGCAGUUGUCCUAACAUUCAUUUUAAUUCCCCAAGAAACAAAACUUGUUACGGAGAAGCUGCUUGUUAAGAAAAAAAUCCUAGGGUCUUGAGUGUUUCCAACAAUAAAACCCAGCCAGCCUAUGUUAGUGGUGGCACUGGCUGCUGUCUUUUAUGGGGUCAGUAGCCAAUCCCCAGGACACAUUCACUACACCAGAGCUGCC